AAUAGGCAUAGAGAUAAGUGAUAAAUAGGUAAGGCUCGCGACUCUUCUUCAUCUUCAUCGUCAUCGUCUAGACUAAGACGCAGAAGAGGUAUGGCAAUGUCGAGUGGUGGUGUUGGCCUUCUGGGCUCUGCAGCUGCCUUCUUGGGUAGUCCUGUAGCUGGCACGUCGAUGCGUGGUCAUACAAAUGUCGCCAUGUAGAGUUGUCCUCUUCCUCCUCCUUUUCGCCAUUGCGACCUCCGAAAGCACUCCUCUUCUCUAUCUUCUCCUCCACCUUCUCCUCCUUUUGUGAUGGCCGUGGCCGCUACCGACUCCUCCAAUCAGGUCAGCCCGACCCAGCAGCCGUCCGAAUCUAAGAGCAGCAAGUACCACUUCGUGGUUGCGAAUGCGAAAUUCAUGCUGGAGGAGGAGGAGCACUUCCAAGAGCUUCUCUUCGAGCGCCUCCGCAACUACGGCGAGCGCAACAAGGAGCAGGACUUCUGGCUUGUCAUCGAGCCCAAGUUCCUCGACAACUUCCCCAAUAUCACCAAGCGAUGGCGCCGGCCCGCUGUCGCUCGUCUCCACCAACGCUACCUGGAUCACAAGGACUCCGGGGGGAGAGAGAGACGUACGUACGAGGCUGAGAAUUUGAACGACGAUGGUGUCCAACCCAUGGCUAAUGAUAGUAUUAUGAGCAAGAACAAGGUGGAGAAGGAGAAGAUAUUGAUAUUCGGUGCGAGUGGAUACCUGGGCAAGUUCAUGGUCAAGGCCUCCCUUUCCAUGGGCCACCCUACUCUUGCUUAUGUCCGCUCCACUGCCGAUCCUUCCAAGCAACGGUUGCUCCAGGAAUUCGAAUUGAUGAAUGUUACCGUUGUCCAAGGUGAAUUGGAAGAGCAUGAGAAGCUUGUGUCGGUGCUCCGGCAGGUUGACGUCGUCAUCUCGACUCUCCCUGUCCCUCAAUAUCUCCAACAACUCAAGAUCAUCGAUGCCAUUAAAGAAGCCCCCAACAUCCAGAGGUUUGUUCCGUCGGAGUAUGGAAACGAAGUGGACAGGGUGAAAGGGGCGCUGCCACCGUUCGAAGCAUUGCUGGAGAACAAGAGGAAGAUCAGGAGAGCGAUCGAGGCUGCUGGGAUUCCUUUCACCUACGUCUCUGCCAACUCUUUCGCCGCUUACUUUGUGGAUUACUUGCUCCAUCCCCAUGAGCAGCGCGACCAUGUGGUCGUUCAUGGAACUGGCGAGGCCAAAGCCGUCCUAAAUUAUGAGGAAGAUGUGGCAUUCUACACAGUAAAGGCAUCGACAGAUCCAAGAGUGGCAAACCGCGUGAUCAUAUAUCGACCUCCAGGGAACAUCGUAUCCCAACUAGACUUGAUUUCGAUGUGGGAGAAAAAGACUGGACGGACUCUUAAAAAGACGCACAUCCCGGAGGAGGAUAUGAUGAAGCUCACUCAAAGUCUGCCACAUCCGGACAACAUACCGGUGGCGAUACUGCACAACAUAUUCAUAAAAGGAGAGCAGACGAGCUUUGAGAUGACGGAGAAUGAUUUGGAGGGCUCUACUUUGUAUCCUGAACAUCCCUACACUUCGAUUGAUUCUUUCCUCGACCUUUGCUUGGUCAAUCCUCCCAAACCUAAGUUGGCCUCUUUUGCCUGAUGCUCCUCAUGUUCAUCCAAUUAAUGCGGGCGCUCUGUAGCUAUUGUCUUACAGUUUAGCCCAUGGCAAGUAUGUGCUUGCCCACCCCUACUAUCACCCGUAUGUACUUGAU